AUUAACAAAUUUAAGCUAUUCAUUUAAACAAUAAUAUCUUGUAAUAAUAAAAUAUAUAUUUGUAACAAUUGUAAAAGUAAACAUUAUAUUAUUCCGUAAUUUUAAAGGUUGCACGAUGAAUUUUUAAAGAUUUUUUCAAGAUAUUAAAAAAUUCUUAAUUUAUAAUGACAUUCAGUGCACGAAUUCUAUUAACAUAAAUUCAUAUAAACGUGAAAUAUCUGAAUGACAUUAUCAAAUUUGUCAUUUUACGUAAAUCAGUAUAAUUUUUAAUAGACAUGGAUUGCCGAAUUUUUGGUAGUUUGAAGACAACAGUUGCUAUAUAUAAAUCUUUUAAAUACAAUACAGGUAAUUUGUAUCUUGUAUUGCAAAGGAGUAUAUAUAGUAAAGUGGAACCUAUAGAUAAGGAUGUCAGUAAUGUAGAAAUUGUAGUACCCUGGGGUAAAGUAGCAGGAAAGCUAUGGGGAAAUGAUAAGAAUAAGCAACCUAUUUUGGCACUUCAUGGAUGGCAAGAUAAUGCUGCUUCCUUUGAUAAUUUAAUACCAUUGAUUAAACAACAUGGACCAAUACUUGCAAUUGAUUUACCUGGUCAUGGUUUAUCCACUUGGUUACCUCGAGGACAAAUGUAUUUUGAGAUCAAUUACAUAUUGUUAAUCUGUAGGUUAAAAAAAUAUUUUGGUUGGGGAAAAGUAAAAUUGUUGUCACAUUCAUUAGGUUCUCAUAUAUGUUUCUGUUACGCUUCAUUAUAUUCGGAUGAAAUAGACUAUGUAAUAAGCAUUGAUCAUUUAAAACCUCCUUCUAGGACUAUUAAAUAUUAUAAUAAAAUAUUUUCAAAAGCCAUUGCACAAUUUCUUACGAUAGAGGAAAUAGAAAAUAAACCACCUAUUUAUGAAAAAGAAGAACUUAUAAAAAAAUGGAUUAAAAAUUCUUAUAAUUCUUUAACUGCAGAUGCAUGCAAAAUAUUAAUGACUAGAGGUGUCACAGAAAUGUCUGAUGGAACAGUCUUUAUAAACAGAGAUCCAAGAUUAAGAAUUCUUCCAGUUCAUACUUGUUGGUCCCAUGAACAAUUACUAGAAAUGGCUAGACAUAUAAAAUGUCCAUAUUUAGUUAUACAAUCUGACAAAAAAAUAUAUAUGGAAGAUUUAAAAUAUUAUUAUGAUACUUUAGAUAUUUUAAAAGAAAGUAGCAAUGAUUGUCGAUAUCAUUUUAUACCAGGUACACAUCAUAUUCAUCUUGUUGAUGCACAAGCAUUGGUAAAAGCUAUUGAUCCUUUUCUUGAAAAAUAUAACAAAUAACAAUUUUCAUGUAAAAAAUAAUAUAUGUAAUAUUAAUACUUAUUUAAAACUAACUUAAUUUAUAAGCAGUUCAUACUGCAAUGAUAA